AGGGGUGAGGGUGGUGAGGGCGGCGGGUGCUGGAGCGACGGCAGCGGCCGCAGCCGGAGGAGCAAUAGCAGCAGCCGUGGCGGCCACGGGGCGGGGCGUGGCGGUCGGCGACCGCGGCCGGGGCUGCAGACGGCGAAGCGGCUGGCUUGCCAACACUUGGGGUCACAUGUGAGCCUUCCACAUGUGUUCACUCUCCAUUCCAGCUCUGUGAUUGAACUCUGCUCUUAUUGACUAGGGGGCAUUUGGGCAGGCAUGCUUCAUUCCUGGAAUUGACAGUCAUUCCAUUUUUGAAUAUAUUAACACUGAAUCAGCACUUCUAAAGCCCUGCCUUCUCCCACUGGCUUCACUUGGCCUUCAGACAUAAUGAGGAGACUGGCUUUUCGAGGCGCUGGUUGUGCUCUGGUAAAGCUGAAGAAGUUGGAUUCCAUGGGUUCCAAGAGAAGACGAGCUACCUCCCCUUCUAGUAGUGUCAGCGGGGACUUUGAUGACGGGCACCAUUCUGUAUCCACACCAGGCCCAAGCAGGAAAAGGAGGAGACUUUCCAAUCUUCCGACUGUAGAUCCUAUUGCUGUGUGCCAUGAACUCUACAACACCAUUCGAGACUAUAAGGAUGAGCAGGGCAGGCUGCUCUGUGAGCUCUUCAUUAGGGCACCAAAGCGAAGAAAUCAACCAGACUAUUAUGAAGUGGUUUCUCAGCCCAUUGAUUUGAUGAAAAUCCAACAAAAGUUAAAGAUGGAAGAGUAUGAUGAUGUUAAUCUGCUGACUGCUGACUUCCAGCUCCUUUUUAACAAUGCAAAGGCCUAUUAUAAGCCAGAUUCUCCUGAAUAUAAAGCUGCUUGCAAACUAUGGGAUUUGUACCUUCGAACAAGAAAUGAGUUUGUUCAGAAAGGAGAAGCAGAUGAUGAAGAUGAUGAUGACGAUGGGCAAGACAAUCAAGGCACAGUGACUGAAGGAUCUUCUCCAAGUUACUUGAAGGAGAUCCUGGAGCAGCUUCUUGAAGCCAUAGUUGUAGCCACAAAUCCAUCAGGACGUCUCAUUAGUGAGCUUUUUCAGAAACUGCCUUCUAAAGUGCAAUAUCCAGAUUAUUAUGCAAUAAUUAAGGAGCCUAUAGAUCUCAAGACCAUUGCCCAGAGGAUACAGAAUGGAAGCUACAAGAGCAUUCAUGCAAUGGCCAAAGAUAUAGAUCUCCUAGCAAAAAAUGCCAAAACUUAUAAUGAGCCUGGUUCUCAAGUAUUCAAGGAUGCAAAUUCUAUAAAAAAAAUAUUUUAUAUGAAAAAGGCAGAAAUUGAACAUCAUGAAAUGGCUAAGUCAAGCCUUCGAAUGAGGACUCCAUCAAAUUUGGCCACAGCCAGGCUGACAGGUCCUUCACACAGUAAAGGCAGCCUUAGUGAAGAGAGAAAUCCCACUAGCAAGUAUUACCGAAAUAAAAGAACAGUCCAAGGGGGUCGUUUGUCAGCAAUUACCAUGGCACUUCAGUAUGGCUCAGAAAGUGAGGAGGAUGCUUUAGCUGCUGCACGUUAUGAAGAAGGAGAGUCGGAAGCAGAGAGCAUUACUUCAUUUAUGGAUGUUUCAAAUCCUUUUUAUCAGCUUUAUGACACAGUUAGGAGCUGUCGGAAUAACCAAGGGCAGCUUAUAGCUGAACCUUUUUUUCAUUUGCCUUCAAAGAAAAAAUACCCUGAUUAUUAUCAGCAAAUUAAAAUGCCCAUAUCCCUACAACAGAUCAGAACAAAGCUCAAGAACCAAGAAUAUGAAACUUUAGAUCAUUUGGAGUGUGAUCUGAAUUUAAUGUUUGAAAAUGCCAAGCGCUAUAAUGUUCCCAACUCAGCCAUCUACAAGCGGGUCCUAAGAUUGCAGCAAGUCAUGCAGGCAAAGAAAAAGGAGCUUGCCAGGAGGGACGACAUUGAGGAUGGAGACAGCAUGAUCUCUUCGGCCACCUCUGACGCUGGUAGCGCGAAAAGAAAAAGGAACACUCUUGACAGUGAGAUGUUGGGUCUCAGGAGGCUCUCCAGUAAAAAGAACAUAAGAAAGCAGCGAAUGAAAAUCUUAUUCAAUGUUGUUCUUGAAGCUCGUGAGCCAGGUUCAGGCAGAAGACUUUGUGAUCUAUUUAUGGUUAAACCAUCCAAAAAGGACUAUCCUGAUUAUUAUAAAAUCAUAUUGGAGCCAAUGGACUUGAAAAUAAUUGAACAUAACAUCCGCAAUGACAAAUACGCAGGGGAAGAGGGAAUGAUAGAAGACAUGAAGCUGAUGUUCCGGAAUGCCAGGCAUUACAACGAGGAGGGCUCCCAGGUGUACAACGAUGCACACAUCCUGGAAAAGUUACUCAAGGAUAAAAGGAAAGAGCUGGGCCCACUGCCUGAUGAUGAUGACGUGGCUUCUCCCAAACUCAAGCUGAGUAGGAAGAGUGGAAUUUCUCCUAAAAAAUCAAAAUACAUGACUCCAAUGCAGCAGAAACUAAAUGAAGUCUAUGAAGCUGUAAAGAACUAUACUGAUAAGAGGGGUCGCCGCCUCAGUGCCAUAUUUCUGAGGCUUCCCUCUAGAUCUGAGCUGCCUGACUACUACCUGACCAUUAAAAAGCCCAUGGACAUGGAAAAAAUUCGAAGUCACAUGAUGGCCAAUAAAUACCAAGAUAUAGACUCCAUGGUUGAGGACUUCGUCAUGAUGUUUAACAAUGCGUGUACAUACAAUGAGCCUGAGUCUUUGAUCUACAAAGAUGCUCUUGUCCUGCACAAAGUCCUGCUUGAAACUCGGAGAGACCUGGAGGGAGAUGAGGACUCUCAUGUCCCAAAUGUGACCUUGCUGAUUCAAGAGCUUAUCCACAAUCUUUUUGUGUCAGUCAUGAGUCAUCAGGAUGAUGAGGGAAGAUGCUACAGUGAUUCCUUAGCAGAAAUUCCUGCUGUGGAUCCCAACUUUCCAAACAAACCUCCUCUUACUUUUGACAUAAUUAGAAAGAAUGUUGAAAAUAAUCGCUACCGGCGGCUUGAUUUAUUUCAAGAGCAUAUGUUUGAAGUCUUGGAAAGGGCAAGAAGGAUGAAUCGGACAGACUCUGAAAUAUAUGAGGAUGCGGUGGAGCUGCAGCAGUUUUUUAUUAAAAUCCGUGAUGAGCUCUGCAAAAAUGGGGAGAUCCUCCUAUCACCAGCGCUCAGCUACACCACGAAGCACUUGCAUAACGACGUGGAGAAAGAGAAAAAGGAAAAAUUACCAAAAGAAAUCGAGGAAGACAAAUUAAAGAGAGAAGAAGAAAAAAGAGAAGCUGAAAAGAGUGAAGACUCCUCAGGCACUGCAGGCCUCUCAGGCUUACACCGCACAUACAGUCAGGACUGCAGCUUUAAGAACAGCAUGUACCAUGUUGGAGAUUACGUCUACGUGGAGCCCGCGGAGGCCAGCCUGCAGCCACACAUAGUCUGUAUUGAGAGACUGUGGGAAGAUUCUGCUGGUGAAAAAUGGUUGUAUGGCUGUUGGUUUUAUCGGCCAAAUGAAACAUUCCAUCUGGCUACGCGAAAAUUUCUAGAAAAAGAAGUUUUUAAGAGUGACUAUUACAAUAAAGUUCCUGUUAGUAAAAUUCUAGGAAAAUGUGUGGUCAUGUUUGUCAAGGAAUACUUUAAAUUAUGCCCAGAAAACUUUCGAGAUGAGGAUGUUUUUGUCUGUGAAUCACGGUAUUCUGCCAAAACCAAAUCUUUUAAGAAAAUUAAACUGUGGACCAUGCCCAUCAGUUCAGUGAGGUUUGUCCCUCGGGAUGUGCCCUUGCCUGUGGUUCGAGUGGCCUCUGUAUUUGCAAAUGCAGAUAAAGGGGAUGAUGAGAAGAACACAGACAACUCAGAGGAUAGUCGAACUGAAGACAGUUUUAACUUGGAGAAGGAGAAAGAAGAUGUCCCUGUGGAAAUGUCAAACGGUGAGCCAGGUUGCCACUACUUUGAGCAGCUCCGUUACAAUGACAUGUGGCUGAAGGUUGGUGACUGUGUCUUCAUCAAGUCCCAUGGCCUGGUGCGCCCACGUGUGGGCAGAAUUGAAAAGGUGUGGGUCCGAGAUGGAGCUGCAUAUUUUUAUGGCCCUAUCUUCAUUCACCCAGAAGAGACAGAACAUGAGCCCACAAAAAUGUUCUACAAAAAAGAAGUGUUUCUGAGUAAUCUGGAAGAAACCUGCCCCAUGACAUGUAUUCUGGGAAAGUGCGCUGUGUUGUCAUUCAAGGACUUCCUCUCCUGCAGACCAACUGAAAUACCAGAAAAUGACAUUCUGCUUUGUGAGAGCCGCUACAACGAGAGUGACAAGCAGAUGAAGAAAUUCAAAGGACUGAAGAGGUUUUCGCUGUCUGCUAAAGUGGUAGAUGAUGAAAUUUAUUACUUCAGAAAACCAAUAGUUCCUCAGAAGGAGCCCUCACCUCUGUUGGAAAAGAAGAUCCAGUUGCUAGAAGCUAAAUUUGCUGAGUUAGAAGGUGGAGAUGAUGAUAUUGAAGAGAUGGGGGAAGAAGAUAGUGAGGUCAUUGAACCUCCUUCUCUGCCUCAGCUUCAGACCCCACUGGCCAGUGAGCUGGAUCUCAUGCCCUACACACCCCCACAGUCUACCCCAAAGUCUGCCAAAGGCAGUGCAAAGAAGGAAGGCUCCAAACGGAAAAUCAACAUGAGUGGCUACAUCCUGUUCAGCAGUGAGAUGAGAGCUGUGAUUAAGGCCCAGCAUCCAGACUACUCUUUUGGGGAGCUCAGCCGACUGGUGGGGACAGAAUGGAGAAACCUUGAGACAGCCAAGAAAGCAGAAUAUGAAGAGCGGGCAGCUAAAGUUGCUGAGCAGCAGGAGAGAGAGCGAGCAGCACAGCAACAGCAGCCGAGUGCUUCUCCCCGAGCAGGCACCCCUGUGGGGGCUCUCAUGGGGGUGGUGCCACCACCAACACCAAUGGGGAUGCUCAAUCAGCAGUUGACACCUGUUGCAGGCAUGAUGGGUGGCUAUCCGCCAGGCCUUCCACCUUUGCAGGGCCCAGUUGAUGGCCUUGUUAGCAUGGGCAGCAUGCAGCCACUUCACCCUGGGGGGCCUCCACCCCACCAUCUUCCGCCAGGUGUGCCCGGCCUCCCGGGCAUCCCACCACCGGGUGUGAUGAACCAAGGAGUGGCCCCUAUGGUAGGGACUCCAGCGCCAGGCGGAAGUCCAUACGGACAGCAGGUGGGAGUUUUGGGGCCUCCAGGGCAGCAGGCACCACCUCCGUAUCCUGGCCCACAUCCAGCCGGCCCCCCUGUCAUACAGCAGCCAACAACGCCCAUGUUUGUGGCUCCCCCACCGAAGACACAACGGCUUCUCCACUCAGAGGCCUACCUGAAAUACAUUGAAGGACUCAGUGCUGAGUCCAACAGCAUUAGCAAGUGGGACCAAACCCUGGCAGCUCGAAGACGCGAUGUCCAUUUGUCAAAAGAACAGGAGAGCCGCCUGCCCUCUCACUGGCUGAAAAGUAAAGGGGCCCAUACCACCAUGGCAGAUGCCCUCUGGCGCCUUCGGGAUUUGAUGCUCCGAGAUACCCUCAACAUUCGCCAAGCAUACAAUCUAGAAAAUCUUUAAUCACGUCAAUUACGUUUCUUUUAUAGAAGCAUAAAAAGUUUUGUGGAACAGUAGCCAUUUUAGUUACUGGGGGCGGGAGGGGAGGAACAAAGGAUGAUAAUUUUUAUUGCAUUUUACUGUAUAUCACAAGGCCAUUUUUAUAUAAGGACACUUUUAAUAAGCUAUUUCAAUUUGUUUUUGUUAAUAUUCAGUUGAUUUUAUCAAAUACACAGAGAUUUUUUUGCAUAUG